AUGGCCGCGCAGGUCGCCCCCGCCGCCGCCAGCAGCCUGGGCAACCCGCCGCCGCCGCCCUCGGAGCUGAAGAAAGCGGAGCAGCAGCAGCAGCAGCAGCGGGAGGAGGCGGGGGGCGAGGCGGCGGCGGCGGAGCGCGGGGAAAUGAAGGCAGCCGCCGGGCAGGAAAGCGAGGGCCCCGCCGUGGGGCCGCCGCAGCCACUGGGAAAGGAGCUGCAGGACGGGGCCGAGAGCAAUGGGGGUGGCGGCGGCGGCGGAGCCGGCGGGCCCGGCGCGGAGCCGGACCUGAAGAACUCGAACGGGAACGCGGGCCCUAGGCCCGCCCUGAACAAUAACCUCACGGAGCCGCCCGGCGGCGGUGGCGGCGGCAGCAGCGACGGGGUGGGGGCGCCUCCUCACUCAGCCGCGGCCGCCUUGCCGCCCCCAGCCUACGGCUUCGGGCAACCCUACGGCCGGAGCCCGUCUGCCGUCGCCGCCGCCGCGGCCGCCGUCUUCCACCAACAACAUGGCGGACAACAAAGCCCUGGCCUGGCAGCGCUGCAGAGCGGCGGCGGCGGCGGGGGCCUGGAGCCCUACGCGGGGCCCCAGCAGAACUCGCACGACCACGGCUUCCCCAACCACCAGUACAACUCCUACUACCCCAACCGCAGCGCCUACCCCCCGCCCCCCCAGGCCUACGCGCUGAGCUCCCCGAGAGGUGGCACUCCGGGCUCCGGCGCGGCGGCGGCGGCGGCGGCCGCCGGCUCCAAGCCGCCUCCCUCCUCCAGCGCCUCCGCCUCCUCGUCGUCUUCGUCCUUCGCUCAGCAGCGCUUCGGGGCCAUGGGGGGAGGCGGCCCCUCAGCGGCCGCAGGGGGAACCCCCCAGCCCACCGCCACCCCCACCCUCAACCAACUGCUCACGUCGCCCAGCUCGGCCCGGGGCUACCAGGGCUACCCCGGGGGCGACUACGGCGGCGGGCCCCAGGACGGGGGCGCCGGCAAGGGCCCGGCGGACAUGGCCUCGCAGUGCUGGGGGGCUGCUGCUGCUGCGGCGGCGGCGGCCGCGGCCGCCUCGGGAGGGGCCCAACAAAGGAGCCACCACGCGCCCAUGAGCCCUGGGAGCAGCGGCGGCGGGGGGCAGCCGCUCGCCCGGACCCCGCAGCCAUCCAGUCCAAUGGAUCAGAUGGGCAAGAUGAGACCUCAGCCAUAUGGCGGGACUAACCCAUACUCGCAACAACAGGGACCUCCAUCAGGACCGCAGCAAGGACAUGGGUACCCAGGGCAGCCAUAUGGGUCCCAGACCCCACAGCGGUACCCGAUGACCAUGCAGGGCCGAGCGCAGAGUACCAUGGGCGGCCUCUCUUAUGCACAGCAGAUUCCUCCUUAUGGACAGCAAGGCCCCAGCGGGUAUGGUCAGCAGGGCCAGACUCCGUAUUACAACCAGCAAAGUCCUCACCCCCAGCAACAGCAGCCGCCCUAUUCCCAGCAGCCACCGUCCCAGACCCCCCAUGCCCAGCCUUCGUAUCAGCAGCAGCCUCAGUCUCAGCCACCGCAGCUCCAGUCCUCUCAGCCUCCGUACUCCCAGCAGCCAUCCCAGCCUCCCCAUCAGCCGUCCCCGACUCCAUACCCCUCCCAGCAGUCCAGCACCCAGCAGCACCCCCAGAGCCAGCCCCCCUACUCACAGCCGCAGGCACAGUCUCCUUACCAGCAGCAGCAACCUCAGCAGCCAGCAUCCUCGACGCUUUCCCAGCAGGCUGCGUACCCUCAGCCCCAGUCUCAGCAGUCACAGCAAACUGCCUACUCCCAGCAGCGCUUCCCUCCACCGCAGGAGUUAUCUCAAGAUUCAUUUGGGUCUCAGGCAUCCUCAGCCCCCUCAAUGACCUCCAGUAAGGGAGGGCAAGAAGAUAUGAACCUGAGUCUUCAGUCAAGACCUUCAAGCUUGCCUGAUCUGUCUGGUUCAAUAGAUGAUCUCCCCAUGGGGACAGAAGGAGCUCUGAGCCCUGGAGUGAGCACGUCAGGGAUUUCCAGCAGCCAAGGGGAGCAGAGUAAUCCAGCUCAGUCUCCUUUCUCUCCCCACACCUCCCCUCACCUGCCUGGUAUCCGAGGCCCCUCCCCGUCCCCAGUGGGCUCUCCUGCCAGUGUUGCUCAGUCUCGCUCAGGACCACUCUCGCCUGCUGCAGUGCCAGGCAACCAGAUGCCACCUCGGCCACCCAGUGGCCAGUCGGACAGCAUCAUGCAUCCUUCUAUGAACCAAUCAAGCAUUGCCCAAGAUCGAGGUUACAUGCAGAGGAACCCCCAGAUGCCCCAGUACAGUUCCCCCCAGCCCGGGUCAGCCUUAUCUCCACGUCAGCCUUCCGGAGGACAGAUGCACACAGGCAUGGGCUCCUACCAGCAGAACUCCAUGGGGAGCUAUGGUCCCCAGGGGAGUCAGUACGGCCCACAGGGAGGCUACCCCAGGCAGCCAAACUAUAAUGCCUUGCCCAAUGCUAACUACCCCAGUGCAGGCAUGGCUGGAAGCAUGAACCCUAUGGGUGCUGGAGGUCAGAUGCAUGGGCAGCCUGGCAUCCCACCUUAUGGCACACUCCCUCCCGGGAGGAUGAGUCACGCCUCCAUGGGCAACCGGCCUUAUGGCCCUAACAUGGCCAAUAUGCCACCUCAGGUUGGGUCAGGGAUGUGUCCCCCUCCCGGGGGCAUGAACCGGAAAACUCAAGAAACUGCUGUCGCCAUGCAUGUUGCUGCCAACUCUAUCCAAAACAGGCCACCGGGCUACCCCAAUAUGAAUCAAGGGGGCAUAAUGGGAACUGGACCUCCCUAUGGACAGGGGAUUAAUAGUAUGGCUGGCAUGAUCAACCCUCAGGGACCCCCAUAUCCCAUGGGUGGAACCAUGGCCAACAAUUCAGCAGGGAUGGCAGCCAGCCCAGAGAUGAUGGGUCUUGGGGAUGUCAAGUUAACUCCAGCCUCCAAAAUGAACAACAAGGCAGAUGGGACACCCAAGACAGAAUCGAAAUCCAAGAAAUCCAGUUCUUCUACUACAACCAAUGAGAAGAUCACCAAGUUGUAUGAGCUGGGUGGUGAGCCUGAGAGGAAGAUGUGGGUGGACCGUUAUCUGGCCUUCACGGAGGAGAAGGCCAUGGGCAUGACAAAUCUGCCUGCUGUGGGUAGGAAGCCUCUGGACCUGUACCGCCUCUAUGUGUCUGUGAAGGAAAUUGGUGGAUUGACUCAGGUCAACAAGAACAAGAAGUGGCGGGAACUUGCGACCAACCUCAAUGUCGGCACCUCAAGCAGUGCUGCCAGCUCCUUGAAAAAGCAGUACAUCCAGUGUCUCUAUGCCUUUGAGUGCAAGAUCGAACGGGGAGAAGACCCUCCCCCAGACAUCUUUGCAGCUGCUGAUUCCAAGAAGUCCCAGCCCAAGAUCCAGCCUCCCUCGCCUGCAGGAUCAGGGUCGAUGCAGGGGCCACAGACACCUCAGUCAACCAGCAGCUCCAUGGCAGAAGGAGGAGACCUGAAGCCACCAACUCCAGCAUCCACACCACACAGCCAGAUCCCCCCCUUGCCAGGCAUGAGGAGCAAUUCGGUCGGGAUCCAGGAUGCCUUUCCUGAUGGAAGUGACCCCACAUUCCAGAAGCGGAAUUCCAUGACUCCAAACCCUGGGUACCAGCCCAGUAUGAAUACCUCCGACAUGAUGGGGCGCAUGUCCUACGAGCCAAAUAAGGAUCCUUACGGCAGCAUGAGGAAAGCUCCGGGGAGCGAUCCCUUCAUGUCCUCAGGUCAGGGCCCCAACGGCGGGAUGGGGGACCCCUACAGUCGAGCUGCCGGCCCUGGGCUGGGAAAUGUGGCAAUGGGACCGCGACAGCACUAUCCCUAUGGAGGUCCUUAUGACAGAGUGAGGACGGAGCCUGGCUUAGGACCCGAGGGAAACAUGGGCACUGGGGCCCCACAGCCGAAUCUCAUGCCUUCCAACCCAGACUCGGGGAUGUAUUCUCCCAGCCGUUACCCGCCGCAGCAGCAGCAGCAGCAGCAACGACAUGAUUCCUAUGGCAAUCAGUUCUCCGCUCAAGGCACCCCUUCCGGCAGCCCCUUCCCCAGCCAGCAGACCACAAUGUAUCAGCAGCAGCAGCAGAAUUACAAGCGGCCGAUGGAUGGCACCUAUGGCCCUCCUGCCAAGCGGCACGAAGGGGAGAUGUACAGCGUGCCGUACAGCGCGGGGCAGGGGCAGCCCCAGCAGCAGCAGCUGCCCCCCGCCCAGCCCCCGCCUGCCAACCAGCAGCAAGCUGCUCAGCCUCCCCCUCAGCAGGACGUGUACAACCAGUACGGCAACGCCUAUCCUGCCACUGCCGCCGCUGCUACUGAGCGACGACCAGCAGGCGGCCCCCAGAACCAGUUUCCAUUCCAGUUUGGCCGGGACCGUGUCUCAGCACCCCCUGGCUCCAAUACCCAGCAGAACAUGCCACCACAGAUGAUGGGCGGCCCCAUACAGGCAUCGGCUGAGGUUGCCCAGCAAGGCACCAUGUGGCAGGGGCGCAAUGACAUGACCUACAACUACGCCAACAGGCAGAGUACGGGCUCGGCCCCGCAAGGCCCCGCCUAUCAUGGUGUGAACCGAACAGAUGAAAUGCUGCACACGGAUCAGAGGGCCAACCAUGAAGGCCCGUGGCCUUCCCAUGGCACACGCCAGCCCCCCUACGGUCCUUCUGCCCCCGUGCCCCCUAUGACAAGGCCCCCUCCAGCCAACUACCAGCCCCCACCAAGCAUGCAGAAUCACAUUCCUCAGGUAUCCAGCCCCGCUCCCCUGCCCCGGCCAAUGGAGAACCGCACCUCUCCGAGCAAGUCUCCGUUCCUGCACUCUGGGAUGAAGAUGCAGAAGGCAGGGCCCCCAGUACCCGCCUCGCACAUAGCACCUGCUCCCGUGCAGCCCCCUAUGAUUCGGCGGGACAUCACCUUCCCACCUGGCUCUGUUGAAGCCACGCAGCCUGUGUUGAAGCAGAGGCGGCGGCUCACAAUGAAAGACAUUGGAACCCCGGAGGCAUGGCGGGUAAUGAUGUCCCUCAAGUCUGGGCUGCUGGCAGAGAGCACGUGGGCAUUAGACACCAUUAACAUCCUGCUGUACGAUGACAACAGCAUCAUGACUUUCAACCUCAGUCAGCUCCCAGGGCUGCUCGAACUCCUUGUGGAAUAUUUCCGACGUUGCCUGAUAGAGAUUUUUGGCAUUUUAAAGGAGUAUGAGGUGGGUGACCCAGGACAGAGAACGCUAUUGGACCCUGGGAGAUUCAGCAAAGCGUCUAGUCCAGCCCCUGUGGAGGGGGAGGAGGAGGAAGACCUUCUAGAUCCCAAACUAGAGGAGGAAGAAGAGGAGGAAGUAAUUGAAAAUGAUGAGGAGAUGGCCUUUUCGGGCAAGGACAAAGCAGCCUCAGAGAAUAGUGAGGAGAAACUGAUUAGUAAGUUUGACAAGCUUCCAGUAAAGAUCGUGCAGAAGAAUGACCCGUUUGUGGUGGACUGCUCAGAUAAGCUUGGGCGCGUGCAGGAGUUUGACAGUGGCCUGCUGCACUGGCGGAUUGGUGGGGGCGACACCACUGAGCAUAUCCAGACCCACUUUGAGAGCAAGACAGAGCUGCUGCCUUCCCGGCCUCAUGUGCCCUGCCCACCAGUCCCUCGGAAGUAUGUCACAGCGGUAGAGGGCACACCAGGGACAACAGAGCAAGAGGGCCCCCCGCCUGAUGGCCCCCCAGAAAAACGCAUCACGGCCACUAUGGAUGACAUGUUGUCCACGAGGUCUAGCACACUGACGGAGGAGGGAGCUAAGAGUGUGGAGGCCACCAAGGAAAGCAGCAAGUUUCCAUUCGGCAUCAGCCCAGCGCAGAGCCAUCGGAACAUCAAGAUCCUAGAGGAUGAACCCCACAGUAAAGAUGAGACCCCACUGUGUACCCUUCUGGACUGGCAGGAUUCCCUUGCCAAACGCUGCAUCUGUGUCUCCAACACCAUCCGAAGCUUGUCGUUUGUGCCAGGCAACGACUUUGAGAUGUCCAAACACCCGGGGCUGCUGCUGAUCCUGGGCAAGCUGAUCCUUCUGCACCACAAGCACCCAGAACGGAAGCAGGCACCACUAACUUAUGAGAAGGAGGAGGAGCAGGACCAAGGGGUGAGCUGCAACAAAGUGGAGUGGUGGUGGGACUGCUUGGAGAUGCUUCGGGAAAACACCUUGGUCACGCUUGCCAACAUCUCGGGGCAGUUGGACCUCUCCCCGUACCCCGAGAGCAUUUGCCUGCCUGUCCUGGACGGACUCCUGCACUGGGCAGUCUGCCCUUCAGCUGAAGCCCAGGACCCCUUCUCCACCCUGGGCCCCAACGCCGUCCUCUCCCCCCAGAGACUGGUCUUGGAAACCCUCAGCAAACUCAGCAUCCAGGACAACAAUGUGGACCUGAUCCUGGCCACGCCCCCCUUCAGCCGCCUGGAGAAGUUGUAUAGCACCAUGGUGCGCUUCCUCAGUGACCGAAAGAACCCCGUGUGCCGGGAGAUGGCUGUAGUACUGCUGGCCAACCUGGCACAGGGCGACAGCCUGGCAGCCCGUGCCAUUGCAGUGCAGAAGGGCAGCAUCGGCAACCUCCUGGGCUUCCUGGAGGACAGCCUUGCUGCCACACAGUUCCAGCAGAGCCAGGCCAGCCUGCUCCACAUGCAGAACCCGCCCUUUGAGCCAACUAGUGUGGACAUGAUGCGACGGGCUGCCCGUGCGCUGCUGGCCCUGGCCAAGGUGGACGAGAACCACUCGGAGUUCACGCUGUAUGAGUCACGGCUGUUGGACAUCUCGGUAUCACCGUUGAUGAACUCAUUGGUUUCACAAGUCAUUUGUGAUGUACUGUUUUUGAUUGGCCAGUCAUGA